AUGAAGGGGGGUUAUUGGAGGAUUAGCAGUGACAGUGAGCAGGAAGCAAGAUCCAUGGAUGAUUGUGAGACCCCAAAGGCAGCAACACUGGGUAGGAGUGCUUCACUUUCAUCUUCCUCUCCUUCAGCAGCAUUUAGAAUGAAAAGGGUAUUCUCAGUCUCAAUGAGAAGAUCAUGGUCGGUUUCAGAGAGAUACUGCAGGAUGCCAAAUGAAGAAGAUGAGAUGGAGGGAACAAGAUCUGAGAGGCAGGAGGGGGGAGUGAAGAAGAAGAUCCUGAAAGCAUGCAAGCGCUUUCUUCGAUUCUCGUCCUCGUCCUCCUAG